AUGCCUCCUCGUCGCGCCCCGAGUCAAGGAUCUGUUGUUCCCUCGCGGCCCACAAGUCCUGAUGAUCUCGAUGAUGGCCCAGGCUUUGAUACGGUUGACGAGCUUCAGCAGCAUGUACGUAUCUUCAUACCAGAGCCUAUACCUCUAGCCCUUAAUUCGAGCUCGUUCGCCUUUAUCAAUCAGGGUAUUAAUAUGCAAGACAUCCUCAAGCUCAAAGCUGCAGCAAUAAAUACUGUCUCCGGGGUGACCAUGACCACACGGCGACAGUUGCUCAAAAUCAAGGGAAUGUCAGAGGCAAAAGUCGAAAAGAUCAAAGAAGCGGCAAAUAAGAUUCUCGGCUCAUCGUUUUCUACUGGCGUAGAGGUGCAAGAUAAAAGGAAGCGUGUGUUGGUUAUCAGUACGGGGAGUAAAUCUGUCGAUGCCAUUCUCGGAGUCUAUGGCGAAUUUCGCACUGGAAAGACCCAGUUGGCACAUACGAUGAGUGUAGCAGCCCAACUUCCUCCUGACCUCGGUGGCGCAUCUGGGAAGGUUGCUUAUAUUGACACUGAAGGAACCUUCAGACCAGACCGUAUCAAAGCGAUCGCCGACAGGUUUGGAGUCGACGGCAAUAUGGCCUUAGAAAAUAUCCUUUAUGCCCGUGCUUUCAACAGUGAACAUCAGAUGGAGUUGAUCAACGAAUGCUCACUUCGCUUCGCGGAAGACAAGGAUUUUCGCCUACUUAUUGUUGACAGCAUUAUGGCCCUUUUUCGUGUCGACUAUAGUGGAAGAGGAGAGCUUUCAGAACGACAACAAAAGCUUGCGCAAAUUUGUGUGCUUCUCACUAAUCAAGUACAAUCCGAUCCCGGGGCCACCAUGACAUUCGUAGCCGGUGGUGCACUCAAGCCGAUCGGUGGCCAUAUCCUUUCCCAUGCCUCUGCAACUAGGAUGUUCCUUCGCAAAGGUCGUGCUGAAGAACGUGUCGCAAAAUUAGUAGAUAGUCCCGAUCGUCCAGAAAGCGAAGCCUCGUACAAAUUAGAUGAAGGCGGCUGGGCUGAUGUCUGAAUACCUGAACUCUUUUAUCUUUGCGCCUGCAUGACAACGGGUUUAAGUUUCUGCGGUUUGCUCUCUCCAAGUUCUUCAACACUUCUCAUCAAUUGCUUUGGUUAUGCUAUCACCACUACUGUUGCUGUACUGUAUAUAAAAACAACACUCAUCUGUAAUUGUAUCGCUACACCCAGGCUACACCGUGUAAUGGUUACUACACGUAACAUCAUUCAACAACACUUAGCAUACAGCAUAUGUGUGUAUAUAAUAAUAUACAUAUGCAUUGCAUAGUAGUCUCCAACAAUCACAACA